AGUUGAAUAGUUGUCUUAUUAUGGCCUUAUGAAGCUGUGGCGAUGGUGGGGUAAUAAUAGUAACAUCUCAUCACAACUACCAUCUGAUGAUGAUGAAGAGAUGGUCUAUCAUUCACUGGGAGGAGGGGCAUAUUACAGUGCAUGUAGUCUGGAAGAAGAGCUCGACCAGUACCGACCUCUACCAUCUCAAAUUAUGAAAGAACCGAAUAAGAGAUACAGCGUGGACCAAAGUGAAGGGUUAUCAUCAUUGGACUCAUUAUUCAUUACUACAACACCUGUGGUCGAUAGCCGAAGCCGAAGGUCCCGGUAUAACUCCACGAUAUCUGAUGUAUCAUCAAGUGCUAGAUGGAGGAAUAAGAGGAUAAUACCAUGGCAUGUUGGCGGAAAGAGGAUUCGCCUCAGCCGCCGUAUGAAGAUCGCCUUGUCCUGUCUCGUUGUCUGCUCUAUAGUGUUCAUCAUCAUUUAUGAGCUCUUCGACGUCUUGCCGUGGAAACUCAUCAGCAUACCUUUAGUCAGUGUUGUAUUCACCUGGUUUCAUAUCUGGCUCGCACUGCAGAUGUGCUUCUUUCCCAUAGACUAUUAUGGAUAUGAUAUUACAGGUCAUCAUCAGGGUAUUGGAUGGCAGGGUAUAGUACCCCGUAAGGCGGAUAAGAUGGCCGCUACUGCAUGCGAUCUCAUGGUCGACAGGCUUAUCUAUGUGAGGGAAAUUGUCGAGAGAAUUGACGCCACUGAUCUGUAUCGAUAUCUAUCAUCAACUGGAAUACUAAGAAGUGUUCAACAAGAAGUUAAUCGAAGAAUCGGGAAUAGAUGGUUUGCUGGAGUUUGGUCAUCCCUUCCUGGAGCAGUUAAGGAGGAGCUUUUGGAGAAGUCAUUAGAAUUGUCCGAGGAUAGCUUACAGUCUAUGGUGGCUGAAGCUAAGAAGUCUUUAAUGGAUAAGGAUCUCUUUGAUGUUAGGGAUCUGAUUAUACGAUGUUUCGUGGACGAUAGAAGGAUGCUGUCGGAGUUCUUCAUUAAGAUAGGCAAGAAGGAACUCCACUUCCUCGAAUUCAUGGGUGCUGUGAUGGGAUUAUUCUGUGGACUGGCACAACUUGCAUUGUACAUGGGUAUGUCGGCCGAAUACCGUGGCCAAGAGCAGGAUGACUCAGCAUAUAGUUGGCUAUUGUUCCCUCUUACUGGUCUUGUUAUUGGCCUCUUCACCAAUUGGGUUGCAUUACAGCUCAUAUUCCGUCCGGUAGAGCCACAUAUGGUAAAGGUGCCCUGUAGAGGACACAGCAUUAAGGUUCAAGGUCUCUUCUUAAGACGCCAACCUGAGGUCUCGAGAGUCUAUAGCUCUCUUGUGUCUGAUAGUAUCCUCAAUUGCAAUAGGUUUGUAGCGUAUUUGCAGACAACUAAAGGUUGGGAUAGGAUUCUAGAAGCAUUUAAGGAGACUAUCAACAACACUAUGGAUGGGAUCAUCUCUACCCCAGCAGCUAUCGCUAUUAAAAUAGCUGGCAAAGAGGGCUCGUAUGAGAGAUUCAAGAAUGAUGUAGCUCAUGAACUGAAGGUAGAGUUAAGUCAUACACACUAUGUGGACAUGUAUGAGAGGUUGGGAAUAAGAGACCUGAUGGCUCAGCGUCUCGCAGCGAUGCCUGCUAAAGACUUCGAGAGGAUGCUGCAUCCAGUGUUUCAAGAAGAUGAAGGGACUCUUGUCAUUCUAGGUGGUGUCCUAGGCGCUGCUGUUGGUUGUCUACAAGUGUGGAUAUUCGGACUAUAA